GAAGUUGGGGAAGGAAGGAAGGGCGGGUCCUCUCUUCACAACCCCUUUUCUUUCCCACUCCCUCCCUGCUUCCUUGAGAGUUGAGCUUGGGAGCUGAAUUCAAAUCCCCUCCUGGAAGGAAGAAAAAAGAACACGGUUACAAAUGGCUGAUAUUAAAUCCCGAUUGACCAAAGAGGAGAAGAAAGGGCUGAUAGAUUUAUUGGGAAGCAAACACCUGUGCCUUUUGUAUAAGGGAAGUGUUCAUGGGUACAAUGCAAACAUAUUUCAUAACAUCUGCAACCGACAAGGCCCAACUGUAGCUGUGGCAUACAACUCAAGUGGUUAUAUUUUUGGAGGUUUUACUGUACUGAGUUAUGCUUCCUCUGGAACAUAUUUAGUUGAUGAAAAAGCUUUCCUCUUCAGAUUGAAAGGGAAAGAAGAAAAGCUUUGCCCACUAAAAAUCCCAGUCAAAAAUGCCAGUCAGGCUGUUUAUGAUCAUAGCAGUAGCGGUCCUAACUUUUUUGGUGGAUCUCUGAUACUCCUUUCACAAAAUAGUGCCGCAGUAACCACAAAUGUUGAUACUGGCAACUACUUAUUCCUUGGAGAACACCUACAUGGAAAUAACUAUGCCCUUUUAGAAUGUGAAGUAUAUCGUGUAGAAGAUGUUGAUGAAAGGAUGGAAAAACCGUGGAGGACGGUUAUCUGGACAUCUGGAGAAAGAAGAGAACUGAUGAACCAGAUAGCAGCUUACAAGCCUCGUUUGAAUUCAGUGCCACAGUUUCGAGUUCUGUUCCUAGGGCCAGUUGGAGUGGGCAAAUCCAGUUUUUUCAACUCUGUGAAGUCUAUUUUUCGGGGCUACGUGACAAGUCAGGCCAUAGUAGGAUCAGAUUCUACCAGUGUGACUAUUCAGUACAGGACCUAUCAAAUUAAAAAUGAAGACAAUGGAAAGCCACUACCUAUCAUCUUCUGCGACACUAUGGGACUAGAAGAAAAGCUAGGAGCUGGACUGGACAUUGAUGAAGUCCCUAACCUGUUACAAGGACAUGUCCCUGACAGGUAUCAGUUUAAUCCAUCUGCUUCUAUGCAGCCAACUGCAUCAGGCUAUGUCAAAUGUCCAUCUUUGAAGGACCAGAUCCAUUGUGUGGUUUUUGUCAUUGAUGGAUCCAAGAUUGAGAUCCUUCCUGAUAAUCUGGGAGGAAAGCUAAGAGAAAUUCGACGAAAAAGUAACAAAUUUGGUGUGCCACAACUUGUAAUACUUACCAAAGUGGAUGAAAUUUGUCCAUCUCUUGAAGAAAAUGUUUCAGAUGUGUAUAGAAGCAAAACUGUUGAGAAACAGAUGCAGUUUGCAGCAGAAAGACUUGGCAUCCCGUUGUGUCAAAUAGUUCCUGUUAAAAAUUAUUCUUCAGAGCUAGACCUUAAAGAUGAUGUUGAUAUUCUGUUAUUGAUGGCAGUGAGGCAGAUGCUGCGUUUAGCAGAAAGCUACCUAGAUAAUUUCCCUUUGGACAAAAACUCCUUGGUGGAUUCAUAUUCUGAUUCUUGAUAUGCUAACUGAAACUAGUUGAGCUUGGCUUUAAUUUUUGUUUUUGAUCUUUAAUGCAAGUAAUCAAGUUGAUUAUGCUAGUGAAUGAUUGAAUGCAUAUUAAAGACUGAACGCUAUCCUUAACAAAUACAUUGUUCCUGUCUGAGUUUCUCAUUUGGAAGAAAACUCGCAAAAAAUAAAAAUUAAAAUGGUGUUACACA